AUGCCACCGGGCCAGAUCAUGCUCACUAAUUACGUACUUCCUGCUAUCGACGAGUAUGACAGCAUUCAUGAGAACCCUAAGCGCGCCUGGGCAGCUGCACGUGAGUUCUUCCGUGAUCCCAAGAACAUCAAGCAGCUAGGAUGGAAGACUCUCCACGUCAACACCCCCCGACUGGACACGCCGAACGCUCCACAGGUCGUGUUUACCACAGAGAUUGCUCGAAUCCUCACUAUGCAGAUAUUGAACUAUAGAUCGACUUUAGAAGCGCGCCUGAGCUGGAGAGCCGGGUUUUUCAAAUCGCUAUUCCUGCCAGAUGUCACCUCU